CUAAUGAAUUCGAUGGAAUAAUUGGUAUGUCAAGGAGAAAUGUGUCAAUAUAUGGGAACACUCCAUUCUUCCCCAACAUACUUUCUCAAUCAAAGGAUAUGGAUCCAGUGUUUUCAUUCUACCUGAGUCGGAAAAACGGUCUUGCUGGUGGAGAGAUGGUGAUUGGUGGUGUCAAUCCUGAAUAUUUUAUUGGAGAUUUCGAAAACUUGCCUGUCAUUUAUAAAGACAGUUGGACUGUUACACUCAAAAGCAUGAAGAUAAAUGGAGUAGAAUAUUGCAAAGAAAGGUGCGUUGCUUAUAUAUCUACUGGCACAUCUUUGAUACUGGGAUCGAAUGAAACGGUGAAAACGAUUAAUUCUAGACUUGGGGCCGAGCCGGUCGGGGAUGAUGAGUAUGGAUUAAACUGUAAUGAUAUUAACCUGCUCCCUCCUAUUGAGUUUGUCUUCAAGAAGAGGAGCUAUGUACUUGAGGCGAAGAACUAUGUGCUUAAGGAAGUCAACUGGUUAAACACAAAGUGUACAUCACCAUUCGCUAGUAACGAUCUAGUUCACCCUGGAGUUUGGC